AUGCCAGAAUCUCCUCGAUACGCGAGCAGCAUGCGAAGUGGUUAUGACUCGGAUGACAGACAUAGUCAUGCUUAUGGCAGUGUCCGCAAAUAUCGUGUUAAAACUGGUCGAGUGGAGGAGAUCACUGCGCCUCGAUGUGCGCCACGCUCUGACCGUAUAGAACAUGAUCAUCGUGACGACCGCUUUUCUAUAUCAUCAUCAUCGUCAUCAUUUGACCAUCCUCGUAUGCCCAAUACGAUAACGCGCGGUUCCGUUCAAGAAAUAAGGCAAGACCAAAGAUACAAUGACUUAUAUGAGCUUGAUCGUGGACGCCAACCAGGGCCAGACCAGUCGGGCCGAUGGGAACAAAAUCAUGCCUCGCCAUGGGAGGUUGAUCAUGAAGAUAGAAAAAUAGCUAUUAGAAUUACUAAUCACCAUGAUGAUUUCCACAAUCCAGAUAGAUAUCAAGUUGUUACGAACCAUGGUUACGAUUAUCCUUCGUACUCACAAUCCACAAUCACUCGACAGAGAUCGUCUGAGCCUAGAGAGGUUAUAACUCAAAGGGUUCCAAGCCGUCAAGAACAGCAUCAGCUUGUACUGAAGGAGAGAGAUCAAGCAAAUAUUAGAGACGCAAUUUCAGAGCUAAGGAUUGGAUCCAGGGAUGAAAGCGACUAUCAUCGGCAUAGAAAACAUGAUCAAGGGUCCAACCUGACCCAUAAUAGCUCUAGAUCUAUUGGAAGAAUUUCACGCAGUAGAGUCCGACAUAGUCCCUCAAGAGAUUCUGAGUAUAUCCAUUAUGAUAAUUCACCACGUCGAGCUGAACGAAGCCAAAGUACAAACUCACACCACAAAAGACACUUGGCAGAAGGUGCUCUAGCUGGAGCGGGAGUAUCAGCUUUAUUAGCUUCUAAUAAUCGAAACAAGCACGAUAAUAGUUCCGAAAAUCCUGGCAUUAAUAUGCUUGGAGGGGCAGCUCUUGGAGCUAUCGGCGUAGAAGUUCUAACCAGAGCCCAUAGUCAUAAUCAUGGUCAUUAUCAUGCCGAAGAUAGAUCAAGAUCUUCGAGCCGAGACUCUCCUAGACAUGUUAAAUCGGCUUUAGGAAUAGCUGCUGCUAGUAUUGCUGCUGCCGCUGCCACCCACUUUGUUCAGAGUCACAAGGGAAACCAUGAAGACUUCGAAAGAGGCCGUAGUCGUACUCUUAGUAGAUCAAAAAAUCAUAAAUCAUAUCAUUCGGAGCAUAGAGCUCUAUCAAGAAGCCACAGUAAACGUAGAGAUCAGUCAUCUGUGGUUGCGAAAGCUGGAGCUGCAUCAGCCGCCGUUACUGGUCUUAUUCAGCACGCACAAAAUGAAGCACAUAAGCGGGAUGGCCAUCGCUCUCGAUCACGGCUUAGAAGGGGCGUAGAAGUAGCAGGUGUCGGUUUAGCUGGUGCUGCAGUUGCAAGUUUACUUCAACGAGAUCAGAGAGAAAUGGCUUAUCAAAAUCGGAGCCGUAGUCGAGAGAGAGGCAGAAACGAGUCGAGAAAAAGGUCACGUAGUGCUCACCCCAAGCUUCAUUCUAGGUCAGCAUCUAGAAUGGUACAGUAUGGAACAGAUCCAUUCUACGCUAAUCGUCACUCUCAUACAACACAUUCAGAGUUUCGACCACGAAGUCAAUCUCGUCGACGAAGAGACCAUUCUUCAUAUAGAAAAAAUAAUAACGGCUCGCGAAAUCAGAGUCGUAUUCGUGACAUUUUGGGCUCUGCGGCCGCAGCGAUAGGUGUCAAACAUUCCGAAAAUUAUGAAAUCAGAAACGACAAAUCCCUCCCUCGUAGUUAUUCUCGGGCGAAUUCAGUAUCUAAACAUCGCUCUAGAAUUGUUUCUAAUUGA